AUGACGAUGCGCUCUCGGACAAUCGCACAGAACCCCGACGAACUCCAAGAUGUCGUCAAUUUGACCCAUCAGACGAACACCUCGAACACGGACGAAGAUGGGGAUGCCGACGCUACCCUGGUCGGAAGCGACCCCGGCGACCCCAACGACCUACCGCCUGCCUUCGAUCCGGAGCCUAAAGCUACCGAGACAUCGAGUCGAAUGAAACGGAAGUGGGAGGCCAGCAUCGGAGGAUCGCCUGGGAACGUCGCACAAAAGCACAAACACCAAAAGACGAUUGAUCUGAGCAGAGACGAGGAAGUAUCGACCGAGUCAAGCGUGUCAUUCAGUCGCCUGAUGUAUGCCCUUCGCUCCCUGGAAGGCAAAUCCUGGGUGAACGACGAGGCCCUGCGGUCUAUUCUUGGCCGUCUGAACAGCGAUGACUGUCUCGUAACCGAUAGUUGCUCACUUUGGUCAAGCAGCUCGAAGCAGAGGAGGCUGGCCAGGGCCAAACACCGCAUAGUAGUUCCAGCCUUUAUCAAUGGGAACCACUGGGUGCUGUACACGUGGCACCGUGAUGCGUCAGCGAUUGAGUACAUGGACCCUUUCAACAAACCUCCGGAAAAGGACAUUACAGAGACUGUUCUGAGACUGCUCCAGCACUUGACGGAACUUGAACAACUCCCAGACGUCGUGCCUCGCAAGACAAACGGCUUCGACUGCGGCAUCAUCACCAUGAUCAACGCUUUCACCGUGGCCACCCGUCUUUCUACUCUGCCAUUUACUUCCACCCCAUUCUCCUCAGUCAAAUCCCGAUUUUAUUUCCGUCAGAUGCUUCUCACGUCACCGGAGACCAUGCCGCUUGACUUUACUGCAAGGAUCCAGAAACUCUCAGCACUAAAUGCGAUGAAAAGAUUGCGUAGGCUAGCAUCCGCUGCUGACCGAAUCCCCAAGCACGUCGGCAGGAUUCUGAAACGAGACCUCUAUCUCAGAGCUUAUUUAUCGAUACUGGCAACGCAGCUGCAGCAAGGCCACGAUAGGCACUACAAGAGGUUUAAAGAGGGUCAUCUACGCGCCCAGGAGACCUUGGAGUUUAAAACGAGCGUCAAAAGUCGCAUCAACAGACUCGAGAAAGCCAUUGCGGUACUUGACGGGAGUUCCUCUCCUAGAAAGCGCCCUGCCACCAGAAAUGCGACGUUGGGGAAUUGGCGUCUUCUUGAACUCGCAACGGAAUCAGUGGAUAGAGGUGAGCGAGCACUGAGAGAUGCUUCGGCGACAGCUCAGCAGCAGUUGGCAGGCUUCGGAAGCGGGAGCCGCGAGCUUGGCCCGUGGUGCUGGCCAAACCAUAGACCUUUGACAGUUUCCAUUCUCAUUCUGCGACACAUGGGAAAGAAAUAUGCCGCGGUCGAGGAGAAGUAUCAUCGAUUCCGUCAGCGUCUCAUGGUCAUUGACUAG